AUGCUGUGUACGUGUUGCUUCAAUCAGCCAAGCGACUUCUGCGAUCAUCUGACAUGCAAAAACGGCGAGCCGGAGUUCAGCUCAUCGAAUACAAGUUGCGUUUGUCAUCACAAUCCUGCGGAUUAUCCAUAUCAUAUAUGCAAAUCGCUCUAUACCCGAAAUAGUCCUACCUAUACCGAGUCGUCCCAAGCACUGCGAAAUUCUGCCAUGGACAGGGAGCGGAGGCACAAAAACUCGUUCUCAUUCCUUGGUCUGACUAUUCCAUCCUCGAUCUUCACGUACAUCGUCAUAGGUCUCCUUAUUGGGGCAAUUUUACUGACGGCGAUAAUUCUGGUGGUCGGAAACCGGAGGAGGCAAAAACGACGCGAGGAUAAUAAUACUCGUCAAAGACAGACUGCUCACGAAGCCCUGCUGAUGCAGCGAGCCGAUGACGAUCGAUAUCUACCCUCUGUGUGA